CUUCUUUAUAACCUUCAUGAUCUAAUUUAUAUUUUUGCAGCCAUUUCCACUUACACAGCGACCUAUGGUUUGCACGUGCUUCCUGUAUAUGUAUGUAUAACCUGUUUGGUGAUUUAUGAAUGGUUUUGUUAAUUAAUUAUACCGAAAUGUCAAAAGAAUUUUACUCAAAUAAUGAUGAAAUGGAUGAGGAUAUUGAUGAAACACAAAUAGUUGAAAAUGACAAAACAAAAAUUGAAAUAGAGUUACAAACAGGACUAAUUUUAAUUGAUGGAUUAACAAAUAUUGAAAAUGGUGAACAAAUAUUGAAAAAAGAAAAAAUUAAAAUUGAACAAGAGUUAAAUUUACAAUUAGUUGAUUGCAAUGACGAAGAAAUAUCAAAAGAAUUUUAUUCAAACCAUGAUGAAAUGGAUGAGAAUAUUGAUGAGAUGUUGAAAAAAUCAAAAAUUAAAAUUGAACAAGCUUUACAUUCGGAAUUAAUUUUAAAACAUGAAGAUUUCGACGAAAUGUUUAACAGAUGUGAAUCAGAAAAUGAUGAAAUGUUAAAAGAAAUUCACACAAAUACACAAAAAGAGCUUUUUUCGUGUGAUGUUUGUAACCAAAAAUUCAACAAAAAAACUAGCUUGAAAAUACAUAGACGAGUUCAUUCUGGAGAGAAACCUUAUUCUUGUAAUAUUUGUAAUAAAACAUUCAGAGAAAAAUCUAAUCUUGCUGUACAUGAACGAAGACAUACCGGCGAAAAACCCUAUUCAUGUGAAAUUUAUGAUAAAACAUUCGUUGCUGUUGGUGAUCUAUGUAACCAUAAAAAAAUUCAUAAAGGUAAAAAGCCGCAUGCAUGUGAUGUUUGUGACCAAAAGUUCAGAACUAGUACCAAAUUAACUUAUCAUAAACGAACUCAUACAGGAGAAAAACCUUACGUGUGUGAUGUAUGUGAUAACGCAUUCACCAGCAACGGCAAUUUAGUUAGACAUAAACGAAUCCAUACAGGAGAAAGACCUUAUUCUUGUAAUGUUUGUAAUAAAAAAUUCACUCAUUCUGAGAGUAUGGUUAGACAUAAACUUGUUCAUUCUGGAGAAAAACCUCAUUCUUGUAAUAUUUGUAAUAAAACAUUCAGAGAUAAAUGUUAUGCUGCUAGACAUAUGCUAGGGCAUACCGGAGAAAAACGUUAUUCUUGUAAUAUUUGUAAUAAAACAUUCAGAGAUAAAUGUUAUGUUGCUAAACAUAAGCUAAGACAUACCGGAGAAAAACGUUAUUCUUGUAAUAUUUGUAAUAAAACAUUCAGAGAAAAAUCUAAUCUUGCUGUACAUGAACGAAGACAUACCGGCGAAAAACCCUAUUCAUGUGAAAUUUGUGAUAAAACAUUCGCUGCUGCUGGUGAUCUAAUUACACAUAAAAAAAUUCAUACAGGAAAAAAGGCGCAUGCAUGUGAUGUUUGUGAUAAAAAAUUCAAAUCCAGGUACAAUUUAAGUAGUCACAAACGAACUCAUACCGGAGAAACACCUUACUCAUGUGAUGUUUGUAAUAAAUCAUACAGAUAUAGUGGUGAUUUAGUUGUACAUAAACGAACACAUACUCAAGAAAAACCUUUUAAAUGUGAAAUUUGUGAUCAAAAAUUUACUUCGAAUUUACUUUUAUUGAGACACAAACGAAUUCAUACAGCAGAAGAAUAUUUUGAUUGUGAUGUUUGUGGUAAAAUAUUCUACCGUAAAGAACAUUUAGAUACUCAUAAAAGAACUCAUACGGGAGAAAGACCUCAUUCAUGCAAUGUUUGUAAUAAAACAUUUACUCAGCACAGCAGCCUAAAUAUACACAAACGAACUCAUACAGGAGAGAAGCCAUAUACAUGUGAUGUUUGUGAUAAAGCAUUCAGUCUGAAGCAUACUUUAACUAAGCAUAAACGAACGCAUUUAGGAGACAAGCCAUAUUGUUGUUAUGUUUGUCAUAGAACAUUUAGCAUGAAAAUAAACUUUGUAAAACAUAGAAGAAUUCAUAGUGAUCAAACUCCAUAUGCGUGUGAAGAUUGCGACAGAAUAUUUACAAAUAAAAACGAAUUGAAUGAUCAUAAACAUCUAAAUGUUAUUAUUUUAAUUAACAAAUAAA